AUGACUGGCUUCGUCGCCCGACUCAACACAACCGUCGCAAAGUCGCCCGUCGGUCGAUGGUUCAUGCUCGAGGGUUCGUCCCACCCUCGCGCACGCGUUAAUACCCGCUUCUCGACCGAGAUUCGCGCCGGAUUUGCGACCUUUGUCACCAUGGCCUACAUCAUCUCUGUCAACUCGCUCAUCAUCUCCGACACCGGCGGAACCUGCGUCUGCGAUUUCGAUCCAGCUGCCACAGGAGGUAGUCCCUCGGACAGGAUCGCAUACUGCAGUGCCAAUACUGAGUACAUGGCCUGUGUGGAUGUCAUCAGGAAGGAUCUGAUCGUUGCCACGGCUGCUAUGGCAUGUAUCGCUUCGACCGCCAUCGGAUUGUUUUCGAAUUUGCCCUUGGGCAUGGCUCCAGGAAUGGGCAUCAACGCUUACUUCACCUAUACGGUUGUGGGAAAGUUUGGGAGCGGCAAGGUCAGCUACGAGGUUGCUUUGGCGGCGGUCUUUAUUGAGGGCCUUAUCUUCUUAGUCCUCUCAAUUCUCGGUCUUCGUCAAUGGCUCGCUCGCUGCAUCCCCCGCAACAUCAAGGUCGCCACGGGAGUUGGCAUCGGUAUCUACUUGACCUUCAUUGGCAUGCAGUCCUCCGCCGGCAUCGGUCUCAUCCGUGCGGAUCCUGCUACGCUGGUCGGCCUUGGCGGCUGCAACUCCGAGUACCUGGAUGCCUCCGGUGCCUGCCUCUCUCAUCGCAUGGAGUCGCCUCGAACAUGGAUGGGCGUCCUUGGUCUGUUCAUCAUCUCGAUCCUCGGUAUGUACAGAGUCAAGGGCUCGAUCUUGAUCGGCAUUCUCUUUGUCGCCAUCGUCUCAUGGUUCAGAAACUCGGGCGUGACCUAUUUCCCCCAUGACGCCGCUGGCGACAGCCGCUUCAGCUACUUCAAGCAGGUCGUUACCUUCCACACUAUCCAAAAGACAUGGGCGGUCAUGAAAUUUGAGCUGAACACGGGAGAGUUCUGGCUGGCGCUGAUUACGUUCCUCUACGUCGACAUUCUGGAUACCACUGGCACUAUGUUCUCUAUGGCACAAUUUGCAGGAUUUAUGGAUCCCAAGACAGGCGAUUUCGAGGGAUCGACUCCAGCCUUCAUCACAGAUGCGCUCUGUGUCUCCCUGGGCGCAGUCUUUGGUACAUCGGAUGUUACGGCCUUUGUCGAAUCUGGAGCGGGUAUUACAGAGGGAGGUCGUACAGGAUUGACGGCUGUCAUGACAGGAUUCUGUUUCUUUGUCUCCCUGUUCUUCUCGCCUAUCUUCUCGGCAAUCCCACCGUGGGCCACAGGACCAGCCUUGAUCUUUGUCGGAUCCUUGAUGACCAAAUCCGUGACGGACAUCAACUUCAAUUACAUCGGCGACUCGAUCCCGGCUUUCUUGACACUGGUCAUGAUGCCACUGACCUACAACAUUGCGUAUGGCCUCUUGGGCGGUCUCUUGGCGGCUAUCGUCAUCAACGGGGUCGUCUAUAUUAUCGAAAAGAUCUCGCGAGGAAAAUGGGUGCCACCUAACAAGGGCGAGCGCGACCCUAUCAUGUCUUUCCGAAUGGGUCCUCAAGGCGAGGGCGUUCUUCCUCCAUGGCUCGUGCGCCUGAUCAGGAAAAUCAAGGGCCAGGACCCUUUGGAGCACGCUGAGCACGGUGUCGGCGCCGGAGCUUCGCAAGAGACGUUGCCCAACCCUGAGAAGGCUGCUUCGUCAGCCAAGGCUGCUGAGGGCGGUGAAAUAGAGAAGGAAAAGAUGAUGCCAGACGGGUUCGCAGAAGCACCGGCGGACCAGGCCUCGACGGCAUCGGGCAUUGAGCAUGGACGGCAGCGUCGGAAGAGCCAUCACCGGACCAGCAUUAGCGCUGGAUCUGAUCGCCACGAAGAGUCGUCAUAA